UGCCUUCAUGAUAUUAUCUAUGCCCGAGAUGCUCGUUAAAACAUAGAUAAUAUUAUAUGGUAAAAAUAAUAAAAUUUAUCAUCCAACCAUCCAGGGAAAACGGGAUUGCCUUGUGGACACUUACAGGCAAUAGCAAUUACAGCUUAAAAAUUAAAUACUCAACUAUCAAGUGCUGCACUAUUGCAGUCCGCACCCGACCGAUGAUCGAAUUACGCUAACUUAUUAUCGAAGUCCCGUAUUUUUAACAACACCAAAGAAGAAGAAUUAUAAUAUAAAAAUAUUGUAAACCCACCGACCUAAUAAACGAGUAAUAAUGGCGAAUCUAUUUCCCGGCGCACAACAGCAACAGAAACCGUCUCCAGAUUCGCUGUUCUAUCAAUUUUCUCCAGAAGAAACCAGAGUCAUGAAGGAAUGUAACACCGAAAGUUUUUUUCAGCGGAGCUUACCAUUAUCGUUGAUAACGGGUGCUGUUUCAUAUGCGGCGGUUAAUGCAGGUUAUUUAAAACGGAGUUUGAAAUGGGGUCCAUGGCCUAAAGUAGCAUUUGGUAGUCUGUUUGGUUAUCUAAUUGGUAAAUAUUCUUAUCAAACAAAAUGUGCUGAAAAAUUAAUGCAGUUACCCAAUAGUGAACUUGGACGAGUUCUCAGAGAACGUAGCGGAAAAGCUAGUGGUGAACUUUUCCAAGGAAGUGCUAGUCUAACUAAUGUUACACCAGGAAAUGAUACCCCAACACUUAUGACUGAUUACAAAGCUAAUAUAGAUAUUGAUGUGCAUAAACCUAUGAAUUCUUUAGAUACAGAUUAUAGACCCAAUUAUGAUGGUUUAUCACUUAGGAAGGAAAAUGAAAGUUCAUUGUCAAAUGUUACACCUACUUCUUAUGAGGACCUUAGAAUUCGUAAUAGACAAGAAUAUGAUAGAACACAACCUAAUAAAAUGACUUAUAGGCCACCACCUCCAUCAAAUACUCAACCAAUAUGGGAUAACCAAGCUUAUCCGCCAUCAAAUACUCAACCAAUUUGGGAUAAUCAAACUUAUCCACCAUCUGAUCAAACAAGGAUUCCUCAACACAGGGAAUCACGUAACCAGUAUGGAGAUAUUGUUUAAUUAUUAUUAAUAGAUAAAAUCAUUUCCCAUUUACUAAAUGUAAUAUAAUAUUAGUUUUGUUUGUUGUAAUCUAAUAAAUUUUUUCAGCAUCUGAAA